UAAACCAUAUAAUAUAAUAAAGCAUUCAAUUUGUAUAUAAACAUUGAUAUAUAUAAAUAUAUAUAUAUAUAUUUAUAUAUUCAAUAGUAUACUGUCGCUAAUUAUUAGCAAUAUAUUUUCGAAGUGCGAAAAAAUGUGGGUGCUUUUGAUGUUUCUUAUAGGUUUUAUUAUUGUUUUGAUAAGUCAUUGGGUUUAUAGAUGGCAGAACCCUAAGUGCAAUGGAAAUGGGAAGUUGCCACCUGGUUCCAUGGGUUUCCCUCUUAUUGGUGAGACCCUCCAGUAUUUCACUCCACAUUCUUUGUAUGAUGUAUCUCCUUUCAUCAAAAAGAGAAUAACAAGAUAUGGGUUGUUGUUUCGGACUAAUAUAGUGGGGCAAAAUAUAGUUGUAUCUACGGACCCGGAAUUUAAUUACAAGAUAUUUCAAAAGGAAGGAAAGUAUUUCCUAUUUUGGUAUCCAGAGAGUUUCACUGAAAUAUUCGGUGGGCAAGAUAUCUUGACUUAUCAUGGUGUGGUUCAUAAGUAUCUGAAGAACUUGGUUCUACACCUUAUUAGCCCUGAAAACAUAAAGUCCACAUUACUCUCCGAAAUGGACCAAAUCACUCGCCAACAUCUCACCUCUUGGGCUCGCUCUGCAACUGCUGUAGAUAUCAAACAUGUUUCUUCAGAUAUGGUGUUCAGAUAUUUUGCAAUGAAGCUGAUUGGCUAUGAUGACUUGGAGGGCCCAAGAAAACUACGAGAGAAUUUUACAGCCAUAAUAGAUGGCAUGAUUUCAUUUCCCCUCAACAUUCCAGGAACUGCUUAUCAUGCAUGUUUGCAGGGUCGGAUGAAUGCAUUAAAAAUAAUAAAAGAGAAAUUUGAUGAAAGAAAAGCAUCGAGCAAGAAAUAUGGUGAUUAUUUGGAUCAUUUACUAGAUGAAGUGAAGAAAGAAGAUACAAUUUUGAAUGAAACAGUCGCUGUAAAUUUGGUGUUUGGGCUUCUCUUUGCCACUUUUGAGACUACUUCUACUGCCCUUACAUUGGCAAUCAAGUUCAUUUCUGAUCAUCCUCAAGUUCAAGCUGAAUUAACGAAAGAGCACGAGGAUAUUAUUAAAAGCCGUCAGAGAAAGGACUCUCAGAUUACAUGGCAGGAAUAUAAAUCCAUGAAUUUUACACAUAUGGUCAUCAAUGAAAUUGUUAGGCUUGCAAAUAUUGUACCAGGAAUCUAUAGAAAAGUAAUCCAAGAUGUUGAGAUCAAUGGAUAUACAAUUCCAGCUGGUUGGCUUGUCAUGGUUGUUCCAUCGGUUCUUCAUGUGAAUCCUGAUAUAUAUGAUGAUCCUCUCACUUUUAAUCCAUGGCGAUGGAAGGGAAAGGAAUUGCAUUUAGGAACCAAGACUUUCAUGGGAUUCGGAGGAGGUGUUAGAUUGUGCGUGGGAGCUGACUUCGCAAAAGUACAAUUGGCCAUAUUUAUUCAUCAUUUGGUUUUAAAUCUAAGGUGGUCAGUAGUCAAAGGAGGAGAUAUUGUUCGCAAACCUACAUUGACAUUUCCAAAUGGCUUACAUAUUAAAAUCUCAGAAAAAAAUUGUGCAGUUGAAUAAAAAAAACGAUAUAGCAUAAUAUAUUAAGUAUAUGCAUGCAUGCAUAUGUGUUGUGCAUAUAGUGUUUGUAGAAUAUGUAUAAAGUAUUAUGUACUAUUUUCUUUGGGAAAAAAUAUUAAUCAUGUACUAUCUUUUAAACGAAUAAAUAAUAAAUAAAUGAAUCCUUGUCAAUC